GUUUACAAAUGAAUUAUUGAUUACUGAAAUACAUUUACCCUGCUCUUGCGGUUAUGUGACAGGAAAUGGUUCUGCUAGUUGCAUCUUUGUUGGAUUAGCAAGCAAUAGAUUAUUUGAUUUGUGGCAGUUUGCAGUUCAUUUUCUCCUAGAUCUGUCCUCUCCUUCCUAUGUGAUAACCCCCCAGGCCAAAAAAUGUUCAGACUAUUAUAAUCUAACAUAUGCUUAGAAGUUAGAAGUACAAGAUUGAGGGGUUUUCUUAAGCGAAGGUGGCAUGUUGUAGAAUCCAGUGUUCAUGGUUAAAUUAUCUGUCUUUUAGCUAGGUGAGGAAGCAGCAUAUCUAGAGUUGAGACGACUCGAAAAUGAUGGAGUGCAACAAAGAUGAGGCAGUUAGGGCCAAAGAAAUAGCAGAGAGGAAAUUUUCAGAAAGGGAAUAUGUUGGUGCAAAGAAGUUUGCUGUCAAGGCUCUAAAUCUGUAUCCUGAUUUGGAGGAUCUUUCCCAAUUUCUGACCACUCUUGAUAUUUAUAUCUCUGCCGAGAAUAAAGUAAGUGGAGAAAUGGAUUGGUAUGGUAUACUUGGGGUGAGCCCCUUUGCUGAUGAUGAGACUGUUAGAAAGCAAUACAGAAAGUUGGCUCUCACCCUUCACCCUGACAAAAACAAGUCUUUAGGUGCAGAGGGUGCAUUCAAGCUGGUUUCUGAGGCCUGGAGUUUGCUAUCAGAUAAGACCAAGAGACUAGAAUAUAACCAGAAGAGGAGUUUGAAAGGUUUUCAACAUAAUACUCCCAACCAUGUCGGGUCUCAAUCAGAUGCACCCAGUUCAAAUGGUUUUUACAAUUUCAAGAAGAAUGUAACUACAAAUGUGAAGACUGGAAAUAGUAAUGCUCGAGCACCUCGGGCACCUUCAACUUCGGUUCCUCCUCCACAUAAAAAGGCUGAAACCUUUUGGACUAUCUGUAAUAGGUGCAGGACACAUUAUGAAUAUCUCAGGAUUUAUUUGAAUCAUACCCUUUUAUGUCCCAACUGUAAUGAAGCUUUUGUGGCUGUAGAGAGGGGUCCGCCUCCCAAUGUUUUUAAGUCACCAAGCUGGUCUUCUCGGCAACAGCAUCAGAAUUCUCAACAUCAUACUGGAGGUAAUAAUACAAACUUUCAGUGGGGUUCUCACUCCAGAAUGGCUGGUUUUGGAAGCACGGAUGGAUCAUCAUCUGUUGCUGCUCAAGCUGCCAGUGUUGUGCAGCAGGCAAGUGAGAAAGUGAGGAGAGAUGGAGCACCUUCAAUUGCUGAAUGGGAGAGGAGUCAAAUGUCUAAGAGGCCUGAUGGUUCUUUUCAUAAAGUUGAAAAACCCUUGAGAAAAAGGAGGACAGAUGAUAUUCGUAUGAAUGGUUAUCAAGGAUUCAUGGCAAAUAAUAUGGCCACGGGACAUGGAGCGGCCAGUUUGGGUUCUGAAUCAGGAAAGGCUAACUUGGAAACAGAAAGGAAUUAUGGUAUUUCAGGAAAGCAUUACAGCACAAGAGAGUUGUCAAUGUUUGAAAUACGAAACAUGUUGAUGGAUAAGUCACGGAUUGAAAUUCGUAAGAAACUUCAAGAAUGGAGAUCAAUGGCUGAAGCUAAGAUUAUCAACAAGGACAAAGAGAAUAAGAGACAGAAAAGCACAUUUAAUGAUAAAACAACUGGUUCUGAGAAGCAUGGAGAGUCCACUGUCAAUGGUAACAGGCGUCUGGACGGUAAUUCUUUCCCUGUCACAUCUGAUGAUACAGUUAAGAACCAAGCCUAUGUUACAAUCAAUGUUCCAGACCCUGAUUUUCACAAUUUUGACUUGGAUAGAGCUGAAAAUUCCUUUGCGGAGGACCAGGUCUGGGCUGCUUAUGAUGAUGACGAUGGAAUGCCUCGAUAUUAUGCUAGAAUUCAGAAGGUGAUGUCCAUAAAGCCAUUUAGAAUGCGUAUCAGUUGGCUUAAUUCUCGAAGCAACAGUGAAUUGGGCCCAAUUGAUUGGGUAGGUUCUGGUUUUUACAAAACUUGUGGGGAUUUCAGGGCUGGCAAGCAUGAAAUAACUGAAUCAUUAAAUUCAUUUUCACACAAGGUUAGGUGGACAAAAGGCACCAGAGGAAUUAUUCGCAUAUUUCCUGGAAAGGGGGAAGUCUGGGCUAUUUAUAGAAACUGGUCUCCUGAUUGGAGCGAACAUACUCCAGAUGAAGUGAUACACAAGUAUGAUAUGGUGGAGGUUCUUGAAGAUUUCGAUGAAGAGCAAGGUAUUUUAGUUACCCCCCUUAUUAAGGUUGCCGGUUUUAGGACAGUGUUUCAAAGGCACAUGGACCAUGAUCAGGUGAGGAGGAUUCCUAAAGAGGAGAUGUUUAGAUUCUCUCAUCAGGUUCCUAAUUACUUGCUUACUGGCCAAGAAGCUCAUAAUGCUCCAAAGGACUGUCGAGAGUUGGAUCCAGCAGCUACUCCUUUAGACCUCCUUCAGAUAAUCACAGAAGCUAAUGAGGCAUUGGAUGAUGUUUAGAAAGCCUAAGGAAGACACGUAGCCUAGUUCACCUGAAGAACAUGCAUUUGGAAUGGGAGAGAGAAUGCUUCAAAACCUUGUAGGGCAGAAAUGUUACACGAGGAUGGUAAACCGAAAAAGGAUGGCAGUGCACAGUGUAGAGAAAUUGGCGUGACUGAUUAUGCAAUAGGCUUGAGAAAUUAAAAUGAAGAUUGAUGAAAAUACACUCUCUUACAUGACUCUUUGAUUUUGUAAGCCUGACCCGGAAUCUGUAGUGCCUUUUGGUGUCAUAAUUGGAUCGAAGUGAUCCACAGCUUUUCCGUUUUUGUUGUAUAAUUUUCAGACUUGUUAUUCGUAGACUUGCAUACUCAAUUGUGAACGCAGUUAUCAUUCAUCUUUAUGCAAGCAAAAUGAUUAGACUAUAUUUCUGGAUUUUCAUGCCGUCC